GAGCCGCGGGCCUCCUUCCUCGGGGCCGCGCUCGCCCCCGCCGCGUCCUCAGGAGGCCAGGGGCUUGGCGGGUCCCCAGGGCUGAGGCGGUCGGCCGGCCGCCCCUGGGCCUGCGGGGCCUGGGAGCAGCCUGGCGGAGCUUCAGGGCCUCCCCGACGGCCGGCCGGCCCGGCUGUCGCUGUAUUUUGCCGCGGUCAAGGACUUUCACUACCAUGAGUUCCGGUGUAUUGCCUAAACCUCAGAUGCGUGGUCUUCUGGCCAAGCGUCUGCGGGUUCAUAUUGUUGGGGCAGUCAUUGUGGCCCUGGGAGUUGCCGCUUCCUAUAAGUUUGGCGUGGCUGAACGAAGAAAGAAGGCAUAUGCAGAUUUCUACAGAAAUUAUGAUUCCAUGAAAGAUUUUGAAGAGAUGAGGAAUGCUGGUAUCUUUCAGAGUGUGAAGUGAUUUCAGAAUGCAAAGAAUUCUUUGGAUUGCGCUCCGUAGAGGUUCCUCCCCGACUUGGGUUCCUGAACUAUGAAACUUGACUAUAUGGGCUACGGAGUAGUUUCUCUCAAUAAAUAAUUAUAUGGACAGUAA